AUGCAACACCGAGGCCCCAGCGGGGUGAACCAGCUCGGGGGGCUCUUCCUGAACGGCCGCCCCCUCCCCACGUGCAAGAGGCAGAGAAUCAUCGCGCUGGCGGCGAGCGGCGCCCGCAGCUCCGACAUCUCCCGCAGCCUCAAGGUGUCCAACGGCUGCGUCAGCAAAAUCCUGGCCCGCUACUACCGGACCGGGACCGUGGGGCCCAAGGGCGCGGGGGGCAGCAAGCCCCGCACCGCCACCCCCGCCGUGGUGGCCACGAUCGCGCGGCUCAAGCUGGAGCAGCCCGGGCUCUUCGCCUGGCAGAUCCGCCGGCAGCUGCACGCCGAGGGCAUCUGUGCCAGCAGCCGCAUCCCCAGCGUCUCCUCCAUCAACCGCGUGCUCAGGACCCUGCCCAGCGACCUCCGGCUGGCGGCCGAGCCCCGGGACCCGCGGCCAGGGGUGUCCCCUGCGGCAGCGGCCCCGCUCCCGCAGCCCCCCCCGGCCCCGGGCAGCCUGCAGCCCCCGCGGCACCGGAGCGGCGGCAGGAACCGGACCGUGUUCUCCAGGCAGCAGGCCGAGGCUCUGGAGAAAGAGUUCCAGAGGGGACAGUACCCGGACCCCGCCACCCGGCAGAGCCUGGCCGCGGCCACCCAGCUCCCGGACAGCACCAUCCGGGUCUGGUUCUCGAACCGCCGAGCCAAGUGGCGACGGGAGAACAAGCUGGAGGCUGGCGGCGCAGGUCUGGCUCCCGGCGGCAGCCCCGCUCCAGCGCCCUGGCAGCCCCUGGAGAGCCCCCCCUUCGCCCUGCUGCCCCCCGGGCUCACCCCGCUGCCCGCCUGGGGCCGGGAGCCGCGCUGA